GUGUGUGAGUGUCAUAGGUCAGUGGGAAGAGGAUAUGAGGAGGAGGAGGCGGUGGCGGGAGUGUACACAUGGAUAGUGAAUAGUACUCUAUGGGCAUGCUGUACACAUAGCACCAUGGAGCAACCUUGUACUGAACCGGCAAAAGAAAUCAAGCCAAUAGACCGCAAGUCUGUCCAUCAGAUUUGUUCUGGUCAGGUAGUGCUGAGUCUUGCAACUGCAGUGAAAGAACUUCUGGAGAACAGUGUAGAUGCUGGUGCAACCUGCAUAGAUAUAAAACUGAAGGAGUAUGGAGCAGAACUCAUAGAAGUCUCAGAUAAUGGCUACGGAGUUGAGGAACAUAAUUUUGAAGCCCUGACUUUGAAACAUCACACAUCCAAGCUACAAGAUUUCUCUGAUUUGAUUAAUGUGGAAACAUUUGGCUUUCGAGGAGAAGCUCUAAGUUCACUGUGUGCAUUAAGUGAUUUGUCAAUUUUCACCUGCCAUAAAUCAGCAAACGUUGGAACCCGUUUGGUUUUUGAUCAGAAUGGAAAAAUUGUUCAGAAAUCUCCUUUCCCUCGACAGCAGGGAACUACAGUCACUAUACAACAGCUUUUCUAUACCCUGCCAGUGCGCCACAAAGAAUUUCAGCGGAACAUUAAAAAGGAGUACGCAAAAAUGGUACAAGUUUUACAAGCAUACUGUAUUAUUUCAACUGGUGUUCGUAUAAACUGCACAAAUCAGGUAGGCCAAGGGAAGAGAACGCCUGUGGUGUGUUCUAGCGGUACAUCAAGCAGCAUGAAAGAAAACAUUGGAGCUGUGUUUGGACAAAAACAGUUGCAGAGUCUGAUUCCUUUUAUUCAGCUACCGCUAAGUGAAAGUGUUUGUGAAGAGUAUGGACUAAAACAUACAGAGAUACCUGAUGGUUUCUACAAUAUUACAGGAUACUUAUCUCAUUGUGAUCACGGUGUGGGAAGAAGUGCAACAGACAGACAAUAUUUCUUCAUCAACCAGCGGCCAUGUGAUCCUGCUAAGGUUUCCAAGGUAGUGAAUGAGGUUUAUCAUAUGUUCAACAGACAUCAGUAUCCAUGUGUUGUUCUCAACAUAAGCGUCAAUUCCGAAUGUGUUGAUAUCAAUGUCACUCCCGACAAAAGGCAAAUUCUCCUGCAGGAAGAAAAGCUUUUACUGGCAAUAUUGAAGACCUCUCUUCUGGCUAUGUAUAGUGGCAGUGUUAAUAAACUAAAUUUAAAUAAUUCCCUGGUGGAUGCCACAGGUAGUUUCAGAAAACUAAGUACAGAAUCAUCUAAUGGAGGUACAAAAGAGCAACAUGUAUCAGACAAAGGGACACUUGCUGUUUCUAAACUUAGAGAGGCCUAUUCUCUCAACCAGAAAUCAUUAUUUGGAUCACCACAAAAAAAUGCAGAUAAAGCCCAGAAAUCUUCCCCCAGUCAGAGGACGCUCCAGUCCUUUAACUUUUCUACAACAGUGCAAAUAUGUGACUUUAACACAUCAUCACACACGUGUGAUAAUAAAAAAGAACCAGGAACACCAAACUCUUCUGGCGAAGUUAUUGAAGUGAAAAAUGACUACGACUCUGGCAAGGGAACCAUUAGUAGUUCAGAAAGUGAGAUAGGCCUACGUACUCCUGAUUUUUCUAACCACCUAACUACUGAAAGUUCAAAGAGUUCCCCAGAAACACUAAUGAAAAUGGGAAAAAUGGAGCGAUUUGCAACUGACGAUCAACACCCUAACCAUGAAAGCGAGGAGAUAUUUAUUUAUCCUGUCCGAAAUCAGGAAAUAAACAAUGAUUCUUCUCCAGACUGUAAGCGUAAAAAAACUGAAGCCAGAUAUACUUUAAGUACUGAAACAUUGCAAACUGAUUCCAUCGAUGCUCCUGUUAAUGUUAUUAAGAAAAUGGUGCCCUUAAAUUUUUCAAUGUGUCGCCUGGCCAAGAGAAUGAAUAAAUUGAAACAACGUCAACAGAAGGAGGAGUCUGAAAUGUUUCGCAGGUUCCGAGCAAAGAUCAGUCCAGGGGAAAAUCAGGCUGCAGAAGAAGAGCUCAGAAAAGAAAUCAGCAAAGACAUGUUUUCAAAGAUGGAAAUACUUGGCCAGUUUAAUCUGGGAUUCAUAAUAACCAAGUUGGACUCUGACCUUUUCAUUAUUGACCAGCAUGCAACAGAUGAGAAGUACAACUUUGAGAUGUUACAGCAGAACACUGUGUUACAAGGGCAAAGACUUAUCAUACCUCAGAAACUAAAUUUAACUGCAGUCAAUGAGUAUAUUCUUAUGGACAAUCUGGAAAUAUUCAAGAAAAAUGGGUUUGAUUUUACCUUUGAUGAGGAUGCUCCAAUUAUGGAAAGAGUCAAAUUAGUUUCUUUGCCUACAAGUAAAAACUGGACAUUUGGCCAACAGGACAUAGAGGAACUUAUAUUUAUGCUUAGUGACUCCCCAGGCGUGAUGUGUAGACCCUCUCGUGUUAGGCAGAUGUUUGCCUCUCGAGCAUGCAGGAAGUCUGUGAUGAUCGGGACAGCAUUAAACCUGCAUGAAAUGAAGAAACUGGUUACACACAUGGGGGAGAUUGAACAACCGUGGAACUGCCCACAUGGGAGACCCACAAUGAGGCACAUUGCCAGUCUGGAUAUUAUUUCACAAGACUAACUUUCAAUUAUGUUUUCAAAUACAAAAUGUACUUUCACAGUGAACAAUAUAAACAUGGCUGCUUUUUAGGUUUUAAAGCUAAUUACAUACUGCCCCCACCACCACUCGUGUAUAAAGAGACACAUGGAAUAAAGUUCGAAAGCAUAGUUAAUCACUGCAGGGUGAUAUCAAAAUCCUGGGAACUCUGAUUAUCCCAAAGCUCAUCAGAGGACAUUCCUGCACUGUGCUGAGAUUUGAGUUACUCAACAUUCCCAGGAUCUUCUUGCAGGGACUGUGAGAUCAUCCUCUCCUGUGCGAAAAUUUUGGUGCAAGGUAAGUAUAUUUUACUGUUUUCUCUGCUUUUUUUUUUUUUA